ACUUAGCAGGCUUGGACCAGGGGGCGUUGCGGAGGACAAGGGGAGGGGGUGGAUGGGACUGGUAGGGUCAGGGGUAGUGGUACGCACGACGGCACCACGCACUGCGCUUCCAUGCCAUCAUGUGCCAUCACCUGCCAUGCCCUUCUAUGCCCUUCCUCCUGCCUGUCCAUCGCGGUACUUUCCAGCCCCCUCCCUUACUACACAAUGCGAUGACGUUUUAGCUAGUCGCAAGUCAUGAACUUGGAAGCUGUCAGCAAGGCGCUCGUGCGUAGCGCGCUCGCCACGGAAGGCGGUGACCCCGACGCAGCUGCUGAGGCGAGCGUGCACCUGAUUGAGCUAGUAGAUGAGGCUCAAGAAGACCCGGCACGAUCGCUGCAGGUCCUGCACUUCCUGAUGGAUGUCUGCACCCGCAGUCCCGCUUCCUCUGAGCUACGAGCGCUGCUGGGCGCCGUGUGCUUAGAGGUGGUGCCUAGGCUGCUGGCGCUGGCGGACGUGUCGCCAGCGGCGGCGGCAGCUGCGGGGCAGCUGACGGAAGCUGUACUGGCGGCGCAGGGGUGCUGCUCGCCCCGGGAGCUGGUCAUGGCGCUUAUGGAGCUGUACGACAGUCACAAAGACUCCGCCUUCGUGCCUGGAUCGGGCAGUGUGCACCUGCUGCUGCUGGGGCUGCUGCGGGGUACACUGCCGUCACUGGUGUCAGCGGUGCAGCGCAGGCGGCUGAAGGUAGCAUUCUCAAUGCUGCAAGCUGUGGUCGACCUGGCAGCAGGCGCCGGCCGCCAGCUGCUGCGCCUCACAGACCUCACCGCGGCAGCUGCUGCAGCAGCCGCAGCUGCAGCAGGCGAUGAUGGUGGCGGCGCGGAGGCGGGUGGAAACAGCGCUGCUAGCGGUGGCGAGGUGGCGGAGGCGCUGCGGGAGCAGGCGGCAGAGGCGGCGGCGUCGCUCGUGGAGCCAUUCGUGGAGUUCGCUGAGCAGUUGCACAGGAAGGUCCUGACGAAAGAGCUGCCGCCCAGGGCAUCCGCAACCAUCACCACGGCCAAGUCAGACGCGGUUGCUGACCACGGCGAUCGCAGUGACCGGUCAAAGGUGGGCGCAUGGCUGCUAGCAUUGCUGGGGGCGCUGUGGCCCGCAUGGGUAUCCAUGGAUGCGCCCCUCUCCUUCACGCCGCUAGUUGGUGGCGGCGCCGCUGCAAGACCGGCAGGCACACCGGCGACGGGUUCGGGAGCAUUGAGUUCGGCGGCGGAGGCCGCGGCAGCACGGCUUGCCGGGCUGCUGCCGUUCUACCUGCCGCCGCCGCCAGUAUGGAGCCCAGCGGCUGCUGUAGGCAUGGAGGAGGCUGGGAUGGGGGAGGGGAGCUCCGCGGCCAUUCGCUGUGACAGCGGGGCUCUGGGCGUGAGCUGGGAGGGUCUGUGGGCGGCGGCACAGGCUGGCGCCCCGUUGCCGCGCGAACCCACAGGCGAGGGCGAGGACCAAGGCGACGGGGAUGACGGCGGAUUUGAUGGGCCUGAGGAGUGGACGCUGUCAGACCCACAGCUCGCGCGGCUGGGCGCUGCUGUGGUGGUUUGGCUGGAUGUGUGCGGCGGGUACAGCAGCAGGGGAGGCAGCAACAGCAGGGUUAGCAGCGUAGGGCUAACGGGGUUUGCUCAGGCGGCGUCGGUGUCUGCAGCCGGCUGUGCCGCCCGGUUGCCAGACGGCUUCUUGCCGUGUGUGCCGCCCGCUGACAGCGAGGUAGCUUCCCUGUACCUCCUGCGCUUCGUCGAGGCCCACAUGGACGCCUCGCUGGGUGGCAGCGGCGUCGACGGGGGCGGGGGCGAAGCGGGCAACGGCAGUAGCGGCGGCAGUAGCGGGCACACGGAGCCACUGGCUCGCGCCCUCGCCAUGAUCAGCGCUGCGUCACUGCGCCUGCAGCUGCAGCGGCAGCAGUGGCACCUGUCGGCCCUUGUGCCGACUGAUGCUAAAGCUGGUACAGCUAGCGCCGAUGUGCGCAGCAGCUGGGAGGCACUGGCUGGGCACCUGGGUGCUGAAGAUACGACAACAGAAGGCCGUGCCGGGGCGGCAGCUGCAUUGCAGUGUACCAGCGGCACGGAACGCGCGGGCUGGGGCAGUGGCAGUGGCACUGGCGGUCAGGUGGAGGAGGCCGUGACGGCAGCAGCGGCGCUGCUACCACUGGUCACAGACGCGCAGCGGGCGAUGCUGCCACUGGCUCGGCGGGCGGCUCAGCGGCUGCUGCUGUGUAUGGACUGCGCGGGCAGCGAAGUGCUGCGGAGGCAGUGCCAUGACUCCUGGCAGGCGCUGCUGUCGCUGCUGCCGCCGGCCGUGCGUGCGGCGGUGCUGCUCCACCAGGCCACUGCACUGGGCUCCACGCCCACCGUCCGCUCCAUAGUGCUGCAGCGCCUGCAGAGAGAGGUCGCAUCUGCCACCGCCGCUGCGGCCCAGGCCCAGGCCGCCGCUGCCGCGGUGACGCCGCCAGCUGGCCCGACAGCCCAAGGAGCAGCCCCGCAGCCUGGAGCCCAAGGGCCGACUGGCGCCGGCGUGGGGAUGCAGCCGGCGAUGGUGGCGGCAUUCGGCGGGCCGUGGGUGCUGAGGCCGGUGGUCCAUUCGCUGCAGGCGCUGCAGCGGCAGGCCGAUGCCACAACUUCCAAUGCGGCUGUCACGCCUGAUGCUGGUGGCAGCGUUCCACCUGUAGCUGUGUCCCGGGCAACGGAUGGAUUGGUGGCGGUGGGCGCGGUGCUGGACAACGCGGACGCCACUGUGGCUGCGCUGAGCGUGCUGCGCUUCAUGGCGCUGAGGUACGCCGCGGCCGGCUCAGAUUCACCACAGGCGCCGGCAGUGGAACCGCGGCUGGCCGUGCUGCGGGCGGUGCAGCGCCAUGUGGUGGCGCCGCUGAGGCCACUGGUGAGCCGGGUCCUGGAGGCAAUGCAGCGCGAGGCGGCGGAGGCAGAGCAGGCGGCCACAGCGGCCGCGGCCGCAGCGGUGGCCGGAGAUGCCAUGGCUGCGCAGCUGUCUGCUGCAGUGACGGCGGCGGCUGCAGCUGCAGGCGACCGGUUUGCCGGCAACGUGGCGGUGUUGAGCGGCGCUUUGUCUGGGUUGACGGGUGUGAGCCGAGUGGCGGAGCUGUUGGACUACCUGCAGGAGCUCUUGGGCUGACACCUUGAAUGUGGUUAGGGCUGCUGGCGGCACCGACCGCGACUGGUUAUUGCAGGGGGAGCAACUGUGAUAAAUGUGUGUGUGAAGUGUGGUACCGGUACAGAGGGACGUCGGGCGCCAACAGGCCCCGCAGAGCAUGGCCGAUGGGGAGUGCCUCUGGGCUUCCGGGGUUCGUGUGCGCUUCCUGGGCAGUGAUUUGCCAUGAUUUGUGCGGCAGACUCGCCGAACGAAGCUUUAACAUUACCAA